AAAACAAGCAGCAGCAGAUCGAAGACAGGCUGAACAUUAUUAUAGUGAAACUAGUCCAGCUGGAGAAUGUUCUGAUAGUGUAAAUGCUAAUGUUAAAGAAACUCAGACUAAAACAACGCGUAAAAAGAAUAAAUAG